CUCAUCCCUGCGCAGAGGAGGAAACCCGACAGCCCAGAUGUGCACAGAGCCACGCCGAUAGCAUUCUUAUUUUGUUUUUUUAAUCUGCAAGCAGAGGAGCUGCCGGAGCGGCGGCGGGCACGGCCCAGCCCACGGAGCAGUGAAGAGCCGGGAGGCAGCGGCACAGCCCUGGCACAGCCAUGGGGCAGAAGUGCAUGGACAAGGUGUCUUCCUUCCUCUUCGAGUAUGACACCCCUCGGAUGGUGCUGGUGAGGAACAAGAAGGUGGGACUGACCUUCCGGCUGAUCCAGCUCAUCGUCCUGGCGUACAUCAUCGGGUGGGUGUUCCUCUACGAGAAGGGCUACCAGUCUCAGGACAGCAUCGUCAGCUCGGUCUCAGUGAAGUUGAAAGGGCUGACACUGACCAACGAGAGUGUCCUGGGUCCUCACAUCUGGGAUGUGGUGGACUACGUUUUCCCACCCCAGGGGGACAACUCAUUCGUGGUGAUGACCAACUUCAUUGUCACUCCUGGACAGAAACAAGGAACCUGCCCAGAGCUGCCAGAUGCCGGGCUGUGCACACAGGACAGCGACUGCAGCAAGGGGAAAUACAGCCGUCAGGGACAAGGGCUCAUGACUGGCAAGUGUGUACACUUCAACAGCACUGUGAAGACCUGUGAGAUCUUUGGCUGGUGCCCUGUUGAAGUUGAUUACCAUGUUCCCAGCCCUGCCCUGCUGUCAGAAGCAGAGAGGUUCACCUUGUUCAUCAAGAACAGUAUCACCUUCCCUGAGUUCAAGGUGUCCAGGCGCAACUUGGUUGAGAGCGUUACCAAGCAGUACCUGAAGAAAUGCACCUAUCACAAAGUCACGGAUUCCUUAUGUCCUGUGUUUGAAUUGGGAUACAUAGUGAAGGAAUCGGGUCAGAAUUUUACCUUCCUGGCUGUUAAGGGUGGAGUGGUGGGCAUCACCAUAGACUGGAACUGUGACCUCGACUGGCCCCUGCAGUACUGCAAACCCAUUUACCAGUUCCACGGCCUUUACAAUGACGACAGCAAUGUUUCACCAGGGUUCAACUUCAGAUAUGCCAAAUACUACAAAGAAGAUGGGAUGGAAAAGAGGACACUCUACAAGGUGUUUGGGAUCCGGCUCGACAUUCUGGUGAAUGGCAAGGCAGGCAAAUUUGACAUCAUCCCAACCAUGACCACAAUUGGCUCUGGAAUUGGUAUUUUUGGAGUGGCCUCUGUACUCUGUGACCUGCUCCUGCUGCAUUUUCUCCACGGACGAGACUAUUACAAGCAGAAGAAAUACAAAUAUGCAGAACAGGAGCCUUCAAAGUCGCACAAGAAGGAAAAGAAGCCAGACAACACACAGUGAGAGAAUCCACACUGACUGACAAACCUGCACCCCUCUUCCUCCUCCUGUUCUCUCAAAACUCGGUCGCCAUCCCGUCACCUCCCUGGGCCAGCCCCAAGAGCAGCAGA